AUGAAUGCGAGGAAGCAGCUGUGGUCCCUGGCCCGCAUGGUGUUGCCCGGUGUGGGAUUUGCGUUGACCUGCAUCGGGGCCUACCUUGUGUCCCUAUCGUGUGAGGAGGGCAUGUACACUUUGAGGGUCAUCUCUGCCUACAUCAUGCUUGUGUUUGGCAUCCUGGUUGUGCUCUUCGGAGUCUUCUGGACCAUCUGCCACAGCAUGAAGAGCAAGAUGUACCAGAGAGGAGGACAUGAGCGGCACCUCCGGGCCUACACUAUUGACAGACCGAGUUCCUUCCCUCCAUCGUACGAGGAGUCCCAGGGCAGCCAGCAGAGUCCUGAUACAAACCCUGAGUUCGAGGUUGUGGUUGAUGGGGUGGAUGUGGCGGUGGGCCUCGCUCCUCCUCUGUACAGCCAGGACAGCUCGGACACCCCAGACUGCACGUGGAGCUGUGAGCAGCCUCCUCGGUACAGCCAGGUGGAGCGCAUUCAGCAGGGAGGCGUGGACGCAGAGGAGCGGAGGGGGGCCUUGCCGGGACACUGA